UAUAUGCUUCAAGUAAUACCACCAUUUCUGAAAAGGCAAUUUGGAAGAAAGUCGCUUUGCUUCCUGUGCUCAUUCUUAGAUUUUUCAGACGGAUUUUCUCUUGCGAAUAAGGUUUAACGAAACCUUUACUGGAUUAAUACAAACGGAAAAGGGUGAGCCAAACUGCGUCUACGUGAACGCUUCCAUCCAGAGGAGCACCGACUAUGAGGUCAAGAUUCCUCUCGUGGGGUGCGAAACGACACAGAAUAGAGACGGAAACUACGAGAACGAGAUAGCUGUACAAAACGGUGAUAUUUUUGACAACAAGAAUGACAAACGAUACCUCCUUACAUGCAUUCCUGCCAGUCCUAUAUUUAGGGACUCGCAAGUGACCGUUUCUUUCGGCGGAGUCACUAUCGAUACACAAGUGACCACAGCUAUGUCACUUGUAAAUUCUCCGAAGGUCGAGUACGAAGUAUCGGUUCGAGACGGAAAUGAUCCCUCAGCACCGACUCUACGAAGGCCAUUAUCUGUAGGAGAUCGUGUGGUAAGUAAAGAAUACUUCAUUUACUCGCUUGAAUGUUUAUCGUGA